AUGGGGUCACGUCCAUGUGCGAGGCUCUGCGCCCAUGUGCGGCGUUAUUCGACGCGUCCGCGUAUCUAUGUAUCACACUCCAAUGAUGCGCUAUUUAACUUGGCAUGGGAAGAUUUCGUAUUCCGUACGACCCCGGGAGACGUACCAGCCUGCUUCUUGUACAUCAAUGAGCCGUGUGUCGUGGUUGGGCGGAAUCAGAAUAUAUGGAGCGAAGUAGAUCCAAAGGCUAUGUGUAAGCAUCGUGUACCCAUCGUACGACGACUCAGUGGCGGUGGCGCCGUGUAUCAUGACCUUGGCAACUUGAAUUUUUCGUUCCAUUCUUCCAAGACACAUUUCCUACGCGCUACACACACAGAUCUCAUCACACGCGCAUUGCGCUCACCACCCAUUUCGUUACCAGAUCGAUUUGGACAUGCGCCCGUAUUCCGCACACAGCGAAAUGAUCUGGCUGUGUACGAUGUACAUGCGACGCAUGCAUCUGAUGAGAGCGUGCGUAAAGUAUCUGGCAGCGCGUAUAAACUGGCAAGUGGGCGCGCGUAUCACCAUGGCACCCUGCUGUUACAGGCCAAUUUGCAGCGUAUGUCCAUGCUUAAGCAGCGCCGCAAUCAUAUUGCGUCCAAGGCCGUAGCCUCAGUGCCUUCGCCUGUGGCAAAUUUGGUGGAUACGUUUCCAGCGCAUGCGGAGCGACUUGAAUGGCCUUGCUUGUUCUCGGCUAUUCGUGCCGAGUUUGAGCGUAUGUAUGGUGCAAGUGAGAUGGUGGAUGUGGACGUAUCUUACCUCGACGCACGCGCGUCCGAUGGUCGACGUCAAGUAACGCCGCGUGCUACCUACGAGGACAUGCAGACGUGGAAGUGGCUGUAUGGCUCUUCACCCGCUUUCCAAGUCCGUGCGUCGACGAAAGACGUGCCGUAUGAUGUUCCUCUUGAUCUUGUGCUCACAUGUGAGCGCGGCAUCAUUGUGCGUGUGGAUGCCGAGUCACCCGAUACCCCCACCCGUCUCGCCGCCCAGGCUUUGAUCGGUGUCAAGUACGACGCCGUCGCUCAGGCACCGCCGUCUCGCGUGCCUCCAAAUGCAUGGCAUACACAUGAAAAAUUAGGGGCAUGGCUAUAUCGUGCAUUAUAA